UUGGCUGAUAUGCUCGAGUUUGUUUUGAUUGAUCAAGAUCUAAUAAUUGGAUGUGGACCCAUGACACUUGGGCAUGAUAUAUCGUGUCCAGACGUCAUAGAAAAACAAACUUGGAAACAUAUGAUAUUUUUCAGUAAUAUCGCCAAGUUGGUAUGAUGUGGAAGCCUAUGAGUGGUUCUUACAUGAUAACGAGUGUGUGUUCCUAAAGCAUUACAGAAACCGCUUAUAUCGCUUGCAUUAUCAUAUCCUAUCAACAUUACCCCACUGUUGUACCGCUGCAACAAGAAGGAGAACAACAAUGGCAACAAUAGCUGGUGUUAGUCUCUCAACCCCAAGAGUUUUGGCUAGGGCUGCAGACUCACCAAAGUCCCAGACCAUUCAAUCACCAUGGCUGAGCAACCCCUGGAAAAGGCCAAGCCGGUUUGGAGCUGGUCGCAUGUGUGUCAGGCCAGUGGCUGCAGCACCAGAUAGCAUAUCCGAGAAGGUGGUUGAGAGCAUCAAGAAUGCUGAAGAGAAGUGCUCAGACGAUCCAGCUAGCGGGGAGUGUGUAGCUGCCUGGGAUGAGGUAGAGGAGCUGAGCGCGGCUGCCAGCCAUGCCAGGGACAAGAAGAAGGAAUCCGACCCAUUGGAGACUUACUGUAAGGAUAAUCCUGAGGACGAGGAGUGCCGCACCUAUGAAGACUGAUGGUCACCUUUCAUGAAGUAAAAUUUCUCCAUAUUUUCUCUCUGUGAUGUUCAACUAGAGUAUGAUGAAACAAUGGUCUUGUUCUAUAUUUAGCAGCAUAUACCAUACCAUCUUGAAACGUAAAUUGGUUGAGUAUCAGCUUUGUUUUAACCAUUAGUUCAUGGGUGUUGGAAACUAUAGCCUUCUUCCUAUAAAAGAAAGUGGUAUAAGGUUUUCUUCA